UAUGCAAAAAAUCCUCUCAAGUGGGGGGAUACUUUGAAGACCAAAAGAGGUAUGAUGCCGAUACUGCUUGUUUGAGAAUGGCCAAUAAGGUUACAAAGUCAUUCGCUGAACGACGAAGAGCAAGGCUUGAGAGUUUACUCGAACCUGAGACCUCGAUAUUUGACACACAUAUGAUGUACAUGAUGACAAGCCUGAUGAAAUGGGUACAAGGUUGUGUUUUGCGGGGAGAAAAGCAGUUGAUGGCGGGCGUUGAUGACUCAGCCGCCGGGCCGAAUUUUGCAUUUGACAGACAGCGAACCCCGUGUUCCACUUACUAUGCUACGCUGAUCAAACUGCAGACCUCGCACACCUCACCUCACAAUGCGCUUUACUCACGAGAUCCUGAGGCUGAAACCAUGACUGCCAUCAUCGUUCGCGCCUUACCUGUUGAUGCGGGUCGACCGGAUAUACCGGCUUACUUUGUAACCCAUCCACGGACACAACAACAACAAACAACAUCUCCACUGCCGCAAGGGCCAAGCCUGUAUCACGGUAUGUGCCUCUCAUCGUAUCUUUCCUUGCUUGCGACAUGCCAAAAAAUGAUGACUGGAGGUGACUCCAUACACUUGACCUGCAGAGGUGCGAAAAAGGAAAGAAGCCGGUUGAUUUCUACACACCCACUCUUAUAUCCUUUUCUUCCAUCAUGCGGUUUGGCAUUGGGUUCGGGCUUGUUAGCAACCCAACUCUACCAUAACCCAUGA